GUCGAGUCAAGAAUUGAUACUCCACGUUGAGUUGACACCUCAACGAUACUUCAUCAACCACUAUAUAAGCACCAUCUCGUUGAUCAGAAACUCUCAAAAUGCAGUCCUCACAGCCUUGAAUUUCAUUCUCCCAGAUCCCCGUCCAUUUUUUCCAUAAUGUCCGAUUCAUUUGUUCUGUACCGCUAUGACCCGUCCUACGCGGCAGCCGUUAUCUUCACCAUCGGCUUCCUAGUCACAGGAGUGGGACAUAUCUGGCAGGCCACUCGGUCGGGGAGUCGCUUCAUGACCCCAUUCAUCAUCGGCAUUGCCUUCGAAACCCUAGGCUACGCUCUCCGCGCCGUCAGCGCCAAGCAGACCCCGAACUGGUCCGUCGCCCCCUACGCAGGCCAAAGCCUCCUUCUCCUCCUGGGACCCUCUCUCCUUGCGGCGUCGGUCUACAUGAUCCUGGGGCGCAUCAUCCGCCUGGUCGACGGGGACACCCGCGCGCCCAUCCGCCCCACCAAACUCACCCGGAUCUUCGUUACCGGCGACGUUCUUUCGUUUCUGUUCCAAAGCGGCGGCGGCGGCAUUCUCGCCCAAGCCAAGACCCCCGGCAAGGUCAAGCUGGGCGAGCGGAUGAUCAUCAUCGGGCUGUUCGUGCAGAUCGUCUUCUUCGGGGUCUUCAUGGCGGUGUCCGCCGUCUUUCAUCGGAGGAUUCGCGAACGCCCGACGGAGAAGUCGAUUGGGCUGGCGGUGCCUUGGGAACGACUUUUGAUGGUUCUGUAUGCGGUCAGUGCACUCAUCAUGGUCCGGUCGAUCUACCGCGUGGCGGAGUAUAUCCAGGGGAGUCAAGGGAGUUUGCAGGGUCAUGAGGUGUUUAUUUAUGUGUUUGAUGCGACGUUGAUGUUGUUGGGAUGUUUGACGCUGAAUGUCUGUCAUCCGAGUCAGGUGCUGCGGGAGAAGGGGUUCUAUGAAGAGCCCUUGGUGUGA